CAAUCGCACCGGAGCGCUACGUACAGGCAGGGAAGCACAGUGAAGCGGUGAGGAAUAAACACGGUGUAAGCUUUGCGCGCAGCGCAGAUAGUGACGAGGAGUGGGCGGCAGAGGGAGCAACUCGAGCCGAGCAGCUAGCGUGCGAAAGAGCAAGCGAGAGGGGGGGAAAGGCGUAGUGGGAAAGAGGGAGAGAGAAAGAGAGUAAGAUAGAGUGAACGAGUCAAGCCAGGACGAUCACGAUGCACGCACAAGAGCAUAGCAGCCAGGGGCACAGGGCUGAGGGCUAGGGCUCACAGGGGCCUCGAGUAACGUUCACGGGCCGGCCGCGGCGCAGCCAGCGAGCAAUGGAGCAGCCGAAGACUCCUACGUCCCGGCUAUUCGUCACGAGCUGCAUCGAGAACAAGGAUGACUUCGAAGAGAAAUUGGGAAGAUGUCACUCAAUGCUGCAAUCAUUAACAGCGGGACUCUCAGAGAAGGAGGUCCACGAUACCUUGAACAACGCCGUAUGCAAGGACAAAGAAGGACACGAAGAAGUUUCCUUGGGAUUAUUAGUAGGAAUUUUGACCGAUCCGCAAAAUGCUGCGAAGAUUUACAGAGAUUUAGCACUGAUCACUCGAGAUGGUCUUGCCGGUGUGCUGGCUUAUUUGAAUCAAUUAGUAUUAGAGAAAUAUUUGAGAUUUAACGACGUCACCAGAAGUCAGUUGCUAUGGUUGCUAAGAGAAAUGAUAAGGACUAGUAUAACCAAUGUGGACAAUCUUUGUUUGAGUUUGUUAAGGCACGCAGCAGGCGGGGAUAUCUCGCCAAGAAACUUAUUUCUAGUUGAUGCCCUUUUAGAUAUUUUUCAAGAGAAUCGAGCGUGGUUGGAUAAAUAUCCAUUUUUAGUAGCGUCAAUUGUGUAUACAUAUUUACGGUUAAUAGAAGAUCACAAUGGGCCUCAUUUGGCUGGUCUGCGACAGAAGGAAGUAGGUUUCACAGUGUCUCUGAUAAGAGAACGAAUGUCAGAUUGCUUAGUUAUUGGAAGGGACUUGGUGCGUUUACUUCAGAAUGUCGCGAGAAUACCAGAAUUCGAGCUCCUAUGGAAAGACAUACUGCUCAAUCCAAAAAGUCUCUGUCCAAAUUUCAGCGGAGUACUGCAGCUAUUGCAGACCAGAACCUCUAGAAGAUUUUUACAAUCACGUUUGACGCCAGACAUGGAGAGAAAACUUGUCUUUCUGACGAGUAUGGUCCGGUUUGGUAACCACAAACGCUAUCAGGACUGGUUUCAGAGACAGUAUCUGGCAACGCCUGAAUCUCAGUCGUUGAGGUGCGAUCUUAUUCGCUUCAUCGUCGGAGUAAUACAUCCCACGAACGAGCUACUGUGUUCUGACAUCAUACCACGAUGGGCGGUGAUAGGCUGGUUAUUUACGACAUGCACCUCCACUGUGGCUGCCAGCAACGCAAAGUUAGCCUUGUUCUACGACUGGUUGUUUUUCGAAGGCGACAAGGACAACAUCAUGAACAUCGAGCCAGCGAUUCUUGUAAUGCACAACUCAAUGAGGUCUCAUCCGCCUGUCACUGCCACACUUCUAGAUUUUUUAUGCAGGAUAAUUCCUAACUUUUAUCCUCUGUUGACGGAUAAAGUGAGAAACGGCAUAUUUUCAUCGCUGCGACAAAUUUUAGAAAAGCGAGUUCUGCCUAGUUUAUACCCAUUAUUUGACAGUCCGAAAUUAGAUCGGGAACUGCGAAGUAAAAUACGGGAAACGUUUAAAGAAUUUUGUCUGCCACCAAAUACAGAACCUGCAGGUAAUAAGGUUCUGAAAUAUUCAGGUAAAAUGGAAGAGCUCAACAAGGAGCAUAAUCCAGGAAAUAUAACCGAAAACUCGAACGCAAAUUUCACCAUAGAGAACAAUCAUGUGGCGCAAGAUUCAGAACCGGCAUUCAGUGACGAAGAGGAAGAGUCUCCUCUCAGAAUUGUGACAAAGGUGGAGGAUGAAGAGGACGAGGACUUGCCAUUAUCUACAGUGAAACUGAAAAACGAUCAAAAGAACGCAAAUUGUAUCUUAAAGAAGGAGGAUAUCUCGUUGCACUUACGUCUGAUAUUGGAACCGGAGGAAUUGAGAACUAGUCUAGAAGCGUUACACACAGAAACUGACAAUGAGGCGAAAUGCCAAACGAUGGAAAGGAUAGUACAAAUGGUGGUGGACGACGAGAUAGACGCCGAGACAAUAUCUCCAUUGGCAUCCUGCAUAUCGACCAUCUUAUCGUCGCAAAUCACUGCGCAGAUCUUUCCGUCAGAUUUGAACGAGGAAGCGCUAGCGGAUAGCAUCAGUACGCCCCUGUUCGUAAUGUUCAGGAAUCAAUUUCAAUUAUGUAAAGAGGAGGACAACAGGCGGAAGCUUUUGGCCAGAAUAUUAGCGGAAAUGCAAUCUGUUCAACCGAGGAUAGGCUAUCUUCUUCUUUAUUUUCUCAAAGUCUGGGGCAGAGAAGAGGAAAAACGAGAAGGCGAACCGAGUAAUGUAUUAAAUGAUGUCAAAGCGUCAGUGUACAAAGACUUUUGCUCGCAACGAGACAAAAAAUUGGAAACAUGUCUUAUAUCAGACUUGAAGCUUUGCCACGAAGAUAAUAUAUUCAUGUUGUGCUAUCUCGUACCUGAUGUGUACAUGGGAUUUCAAAAUAUUACUCUCGGAAACGUCCAGUUGUUACAUCUGAUAGUAUCUACCGUAGACUGGUGCCAGUUGCAAGACCUAGUUUGUCAGAUAAUGCAAGGACAUUUGAAGAUGAUAAAGAGAGAGUCGUUCACAUCGUUAUUGACUGCUAGUUUAAAUUGGGAGUCUUUCGAGCAAGUGUGUUUUUGGCAGCUCAUAGUUGCGCACGAUUUUCCUAUCGAGUGGGUGUUAUCUGUUUUACCGAAGCUACAGUUUCGCAAUCACGCGGAGGCGCUCACGCAAAUUUUGUUGAUGCUUAAACACGAAAAACCAACUUUGGAUCUUUUACGACAACUACUUGCUCGACAGAACGUCGACGGUGAUUUGUUUGUCGUAUCCGCGUUACAAUACUGGUGUCGCAAUUACGAAGAAAAACUCGGUGAGUUGCUCGCGACGUUACUCAGCACUCGAUAUCCCGCCACCAGUCCGAAUAAACGGAAACGUUCUGGAGGCAAGCAAAAUCAACAACAGGCCGGUCCACCCACUGGCGAACAAGUUCUAGGCCACUUGGAUCAGCUGCGCCAACACUGUACCUCUUCGGAGGAACUGCAGCUGUAUCAUUUGGAGGGGAUGCAAAGAGCGUUACAGCAGGCGCAAGCCGCGAGCAGUGACUCGUUGAGAAAGAGCUACGGUGAUCUUUUCGCGCUUGCCGAAGUAAAUGAGGAGAAUGAACCACCACCGCCACCAGCGAGUAGCUCCGCGAGAAAACAUACUACAGCAUCCUCAGGAGGGGGCGCGGCCGGUGGUAAGGGCGGUCAUAGAAAAACGGGUGCUAACACAAGAGAAAGAUCCAACUUGAAGAGACCUCUGCCACGGUAUCAUGUGUAUAGUACCUCUAGCAGUGAAGAGGAAGAGAUCGUAAAUCCAAAGCAAGGAAAGAAAAGGAAAAAGAUCAAUCCAGUAGGCUCGGACAGCGACUGACCACCCAGUGUCUUCACAUGUCACAUGGACCAUGUGCGGAAAACUAAAUUAGCCUUAAGGAUAGUAAGAUAAUAUGAUACACAUAAAUAGAUAUGUCUCUAACGCGAUUUGUAAAUAUAAUGUACGUUAAGAACGAACGCGGAAAGAGGUGUACAUGUAUAUUGAGAAAAUAAUGUUUCGUGAAUGUUGUUCGGAGCAACGGAAAAAUUGCCAGAUUGUUAUUGUUAAAUUUUGUUAAACAAAAAGAAGCAAAACUUGACGUAAACAAAUUACUUGAUCGUAUCGUUGUAAAUACGAACCUCUCGUUCCGCGUUUUUACAUGUGAAUACUGGUUAUUGCUUUUUCCGGUAAACAUGACAGAUACAAGUUGAUCAAUACGGUACGUCAAUUAAUAAUUAUCCUAUUUUUCUGUUUUUCUCACCUCGAAAUAAUCGCGGUCAACGGGCUACCGUGUGCGCGCAUCUGUCAAACAAAGUUACCAAAAAGCAAAAGCUAGUCAAAGAGUAUCUUGAAAUCAUUUAACGAUAACUUUCUUCGCGAAUAUGAAAGUGGGAAGCAAAACCAUGUAAGGAGUACGGCAAUGUACAGUUAUAAUAUAUCUUUUUGCACUUUACAAGUUUUUUUCUUUUUAAUAAAGUAACGAGAAUUUGAUUACUGUUUAAGAAAAAAACGCAUUUUUCCUUUCUUUAUGAAGCUCCGCCGCGAUUAGACAUCCAUUGCCAUAACUCUGAACGUAAUUUGUAUCGAUUGUUAUCUUACUUUUUUUUUUUUUUUUUUUUUUUGGAGUUGGAAACCUUUCAUCGGAAAAGAUAGAGAUAAUGCUGCAAUUCUCCUGACAAAAAAAUUAUAAGAUUUUUCAAACUCUCGUAAGAACUUACGACUAAAACUACAAUCCUUGCCUUUGUCUCACAUUAGUGCAAGAUUGCAGUUUACAUAAAAACUAACUCAGAUUUUUAUGUUUGCUUCGUAAGCAACAAUUUUAUAAUUUUACGAUUUGUUCAUUCGCUUAAGAAUUGCAGCAUUUUACUCCACGGACAUCACACCAUUCCGGUGAGAGCGUUAUAGUUUUAUGACCGAACGAAUGUAUUCGGUUUCAAUCUGCGCGCUUGGUAAGCACAAUCAUCUCUGUUCAAGAGUCAACGCGUAGCAAUACGUGUUUUAUAAUAUUCUGCGUAUAAAGGAAGGCUGUUAGCAUUGAAAUGUUAGAUAAAUAAUUUAACACCAAAAUAAAUUCUUUUUUUUUUUUUUUUGUUAUUAGAGUUUUAAUAAAACGAUUUGUUGCGAUUGUAAAUUGUGACAUAUGACUUAUAUAUUGUACAUUUUUUGUACAUUAUUUUUUACAUCUCGUGUAUUUGUAGAGUAUGUAGGUAUAUGUAAGGUUUAAAUUAAUUAAUUUGGAAAAAUUAUCGUGAGCGCGAUACAAAUCUUAUUAUUGUACAAAUACGUUCGCUCUUUAAAAGCAUUCAGAUUUGAUGAUUGAUUGUUCAUUGUUUUUUUAUUUCAUUAUCACACACACACUGCAUGCGCGACAUCGUGUGGUCUCUCCCGAGAAUUUCGAACCGCACGCGCGAGAUGACCUUCUAAGAGUAGAAGAAAGAAAGGAAAAUGUUCUUUAAGGAUCUGUAAAAGAAAAAGCAACGGUUGCGGAGUAUCACCAUUCACUUAUAAUGUACAUUUCCUGUAAAAUUGGUUAAUCUAAAUGUAGGCUACGUUAUGUAUUUUCUAGAUUAUAUGUGUAUAUAUACGUGUGUGUAAUGAGAUAAGACGCGCGCGAUGAGAGAAUAUGUGGUUGCGUGAAUGCGUGUUAUUAUUUAGUACGUAGUAUACGAUGAGGCGCGAAAUUGCGAGAUAUUUUACGUUUUUACGAAACUCUAUUCUCAGCAUUCUCCAUGCCUCCUUUCUCGCUCCCUUGAUUUUAUCUUGACGUUGCAAGCGCGAAAUCACGUCGAUAAUCGGAUAACAUAAAUGCGCAUACGUCUGUCAGAACACUCUUUGUAUAUCAAAGAUUGUUCUGUACGAUACCCGUUUGUAAUGACUCGUGAACGAUAAACAAAAAAACAAACGAUAAAAAAAAAAAACAAACGUUAAAAGUUUUUCUACUUGUACAUAAAACGCAAUAGCGGCACAUCAGGAAAACAUUCAAAACGACGAGAUAUGAUUUAGCGAGAGAGAAAGAGAGAGAGAGAACGAAAGUUUAGUGCAUGCAAGAGGCAACGAGAGCAAAAAAAAAAAGGG